CUCACUCUUCAACUCGCCUCAAACCCGCUGCGCCCGUGUCCUGCGUUUGUGUCCACCACACUCCCGCCUAUAAGGCUGUGCCCCGCCGUCCCACCGUUCCUUUGCGCCCACCCCGCUGCUCCAAACACGCGAGCUUCCUCAACCUUUCUCGAACACAACAACCAGCGCCCAUGACGUACAACAUGACUGCCGCCGACAUGGACAUCGAUAUGACGCGUCGAAACAAGAAGCCGCGCGCUCUGUCGGACAUGGAACGGGAAAAACUGGAACACCUCAUCGUCGACAUUCACUACUCGGCAAGGUACUCAGACGACGAGUACGAAUACCGCCAUGUCCAGCUGCCGAAGCAGAUGCUCAAGCUAAUACCAAAGGAAUAUUUCGAUGGACAGCGAGGCACCUUGAAGUUGCUUUGGGAGGAUGAGUGGAGAGCUCUUGGCAUCACUCAGAGUCUUGGAUGGGAGCACUACGAGGUGCAUGAGCCCGAACCGCAUAUUUUGCUCUUCAAGCGACCGAUCAACUACCAGCCACCCAUGCAUUGAG